AUGGAGGAGGAAAUGUUAGUUCUCAUGCACGAUGACGGCGAGAUCGAUGAUGACGAAUUCCUUGCUUUUCAUGAGGCAAAUAGACACGGAAACCUGCAUGUUGGACUUCCAUAUUGGAAAUAUGAACGUUUUAAUCUGGAUGGGAUGCGAGAGGACGAAUGUGAGGUCGAGUUUCGGUUUAAGAAACAAGACAUAGCUAGGCUCGCUGCUGCAUUACACCUUCCAGAUGUUUUUAAGUGCUCAAAUGGAGUGGUAGUGGGGCCAGUUGAAGCACUAUGUGUUUGCCUGAAACGUUUUGCGUACCCAUGCAGAUAUGCAGACCUGAUACCAAGGUUUGGAAGAUCCGUGCCUCAACUUUGCAUGAUAACUAACCUUGUUGUUAAUUUUUUAUAUGAUUCAUUUUCUGACCGGCUUCAAAACCUGAACCAGCCAUGGCUUUCCCCACAACACCUGAAGAUGUACGCACAGGCAAUUCACAACAGAGGUGCUGCAUUGGAUAACUGCUGGGGAUUCAUUGAUGGCACAGUAAGACCGAUUUGUAGGCCCAAGGACAACCAGAGGGAAGUUUACAAUGGACACAAACGGGUUCAUGCCCUUAAGUUCCAGUCAGUUGUGACUCCCAAUGGUCUCAUUGCAAAUCUUUUUGGUCCAGUUGAGGGAAGAAGACAUGACAGUGGCAUGUUAAAUAUGUCAGGCCUCUUGCAUGAUCUGGAACAUCAUUCAUUUUCCCCAACUGGCCAAGCAUUGUGUCUUUAUGGUGACCCAGCUUAUCCCCACAGAGUGCAUCUCCAAUGCCCAUUUGCCAGAAGGGCUGACCUUACUCCAGAGGAAGAGGCAUUUAACCAAUCAAUGAGUCAAGUUAGAAUUUCUGUUGAGUGGGUAUUUGGAGAUAUUGUGAAUUACUUUAAAUUCACAGAUUUUAAAAAAGAUCUUAAAAUUGGUUUGAGCGCAGUUGGCAAGAUCUACAUGGUGUGUGCAUUGCUACGCAACGGAUUGACAUGUUUAUAUGGCAACAACACCUCAAAAUUUUUUGAUGUCGAUCCUCCAACUAUCGAAGAGUAUUUCCAGUAGGUUGUACCAAUCAAAGAUCUAAAAAACAGCUUUUGUAAAAGCUACCAAGAAUUCUAAGUUUUCCUUUUCUUUCACACAGCACACGAUUAUCUGUUUUGUUUUCUCUUUAAAGAAAUCAUGGAAAGGAAAAUUUUUUGUAACUACCAUAGGAUGCAUUCCUGCUGUAGAAUAUUUAAAAAGUAAUGAUCAAACCUUUUGGGUACCAAAGUAUGUAAAAAAAACAAAAGCUUUAACAGAUUCCAAAAUUUUGUCAUUUUGAAUAUUUUUAACCAUUAAUACUUGACUUGAUCGUUCCUAGGUUUCACUUAAAAAUUUAAACAUCAAUCUCUUGACCACAUGACAAAGAAUUAUAGAAAUAUUCACUUUCAAAUCAAGGUCCUGGUUUUGUUUGCCUGUUUCUCAAACUUAAAGAAUCUUUUGAAAAGACAUGUAGCAUAGUGUAAGUGAAAAGGCAAACAGGAAAAUAAAUUGUUAAUCACAGGCAAGAAAAAAAUAUUUUUAAGGCAAAAAGUACCUGCUUUUUAAACUGAAAUUGAAGAUUAACUUAUUUGAAACAACCAAUUAAAUAAAUAGCACUGAAUAGAGAUAAUCAAAACUUUCAUAAGUGAUGUUACUGUACCAUAUUUAUACAAAUCUGUGUUUUAGAGGGGGGAGGGGUGGUGCUUAUUUACAACUCUUUUGGAUGGAGCACGAGAAGAUACCCAAACAUUUGUAUUUGUACAGAGUUAAAAUUUGAGAUCAAUUAUCCAAUAUUUCUCUAUGAAAUGAGUUGGAAAAGAAUUUAGAAUAAAAAAAUUCAACAUAAUUUUACCUUUUGACUUUUUUAAUACAAUUAAGCAAAUAUCAGCAAACAAUAUUACUUUUCAAAUCUUUCUAAUAUUUUUAAAAUAGUUAAAUUUUGUUCCUCAAUAAUUGUCAAUUUAUUUUUUAUGCACGCUAUUUGAGCAUUCAUCAUCUUUUGCUGUUCCUCAUAUACUUUAAACUUCUCUUCAAAUUGUUCAUGCUCCCUUGCCUUUAAUUCUUGACUUUUCUCUUUCACCUCUAUCUCCCUCACCCUCAACUCAAGUUCUCUCUUUCUCAACUCAGUUUCUUGGUCCAACUUUCUUUCCUUUAUUUCAACUUUCUUUCUUUCCAAAUUAACUUCACUCUCUCUCAGUUUCAUGUUUGAUUCACGUUUCUCUCUCAGGUACCCAACAUACUCACUUGUCUCACCACCCUUUUUCCUCUUAGAACAUUCUCUUGCCUUAGUUUCUGAGAGACUCUCCAUAGCCCUUUUCCUCACAGCCUGUGCCAUUUCCUUCUCUGCCCCUGUUGCCUGUCUCUUACCAUCAUCACACUUUGCUUGCUGCUGCUCUGCACUGUCUUUUCUUUCCAAAAUAUCCUCCAUUGCUUCAUCUAGCUCACUGGGUUCUGGUGCUACCCCACUAGCCCUCAUUUCUUCGUUCAUUCUCCUUCUAAACCUCCUUUCUAAUUUUACAAAUCUGUCCCUAACAGCUCUCUGAUCAACACUGAACUUUGGCCUUUCUACUCCAUUUAAUGCAUCUGCAAUUUUGUCCCAGCAUUUCCCCCUUUCCCUUGACCCAUGCUUAUUUUGAUAAGGCUCCUCUGCCAGAAUUUCACGGCAAAGUAGCACAUCAUGAUCUUUAGUCCAUGUCAUUUUAGGCCUAUUCAAAAUAAGUUUAUAUCAACACAUAUACAGGAAAGUUUUGGCUGAGACCUUAAAGCCCAUCCAUUUCAGGAGAGACCAGGAAAAAAUUUCAACUAUUUCAGCAAGGUAAACUAACCACUUGUUCUACUCAAAACAACAUAAAACAGAUUUCAAUUUAAAUAAAGUUUAUUCAAAAUGUAAAUUCAAAAAUGCAUCAAGUACAAAAGCAAGUAAUUCCAGCAAGUUAACUUUUUACUUUAAGAGUACUUCAAGAUACAAAGUUGGUGACCAUUCAGAUACUGAUCAUACAUAGGCUUUCUCCUUGUAUGUACUGAUAACUUCAACAAAACAUCAGGAAAUCUGGCAGGCUUUUGACCAUUAUUUUGCUGUCUCUCAUCGGUAAAUGCCACUUGAUUUCGGUUUCAGGAUAAGUAAGUUUCAAUGCAUUUGUUUAAUAAUGGAAUCAAUACAAACAUGAGUGUUCUUUUGUGUGAAUCUUCACAAUUGGCGGCCAUUUUGAACGAUUGAAAUGUAUCCUGGAAUAAAGAUGUAAAAACAACGUUACUAUAUGUCUAUUGUGGCACUGGAAAUUUAGAUAUUUACCAACAAUUCAACUUGAAAAACAUAUAAUGCUCAGUGCCAUUAGGACAGGCAGAGCUGAACACUCCGUGGUGUGUAGAAAAGAAAGGUUCUGAGCAAAAACUCAAUAAAUACACUCCAAUUUUCACACCUAAUGCGAUCAUCAGGUAACUGUCAAUGAAUUAUCUAAGUUUAUAACGAUGUAUUACAAAAGUGUUGAAGAAAACUCACCUUUUAUUUCUGCGUCGAGCUCGCAACGUAAAAAUCGAAAAUUUGAGUCGUCCUCAGGAACAAGACGGCUCAAGCAAAGUGGGAUUCCCCUUGACCGCGCUAGUUUCUAGAUCCCUGUGAGCCGUCUUCGCUUCCCGCGUCGUGAAUCGGAAACUCUCUAAUUGUGUUAUAGAAAUUGCAACAACUUAACGUAAAGAAGUUAUCUAAUCUGAUCAAAUAUGGGUGGCAGGAAAUAACAAACUUAAAUAUUUUACCAUGUAGAAUAAAGUGCGCUGUUGUUGAUUCUCACCUAAAAACUGCAGUGAAGUCGACAGUACGUAGAAAUAGGCCACCAGAGGUAGUAGACUUGAGUAGUAUGUGAUGAGGAUUCCCCCAUACACUUGGACCGUGCUUGCAUCCAGAUCUCUAAAAGUAGCUGUAGUGACAUACGUACCGAAUCGUAAACUCUCUAUUAUUGGGGGGGGGGGAAGCAAAAAUUUAGUAAUGGUGUUCAAGGGAGUUUUAACAGAGAUUCUGAAAACUAAUAGAAUCAUGUCAGAACUUGUGUCUGUCCCAGUAUUUUUGAUGCCACUGAGCUCAUUUUUGACCUUUUUGAAACCAAAUUCUUGACUGGUUCAAUGAUUUACAAAGGUAGUUUCAUUUUUAGCGACUUUGAUACAAAGUUGCCCCUGAGAGUCAAUAAAAUGUCUAAAAUAUUACUUGAGGUGGAGUGAAUUUAAAUAAAUAAGUUAUGAAUAUGGUCUUUACUAAUUUAUUGAGGUUAUGUUGUAAUAAUUGUAGCAUUCUUGAGUAUUUGCAUGAUAUUGAGCAUACCUUUUUAGGCGGUGUAAACUAUAAAGCAACGAAAUAAAUGUGCGCAUUUUUGCGUGUUCAGAAUACUGUUAAGAGGCAUAAAUAUUGUUAGAGGCCAAAUUAUGAUAUCACACUUCUCUGAUAGCCAAAUACUGUUGUGAUGGAUUUGCUUUGAAGCAAUCCUGGGCCUAUUUGGGCCAGUUCCGAAUGACAACGCAAUUUGUUCAGCUUCCCUGUACCACACCUCGUAAUAGCUAACAAUCUCUUUGUGCAUCUUUUUAGCAUCGUAAAAAGAAGAGCGACCUUCUCUUGGCACUUAACAAGUUCCAUUGUUGGAGUUUGGAGCUGUUUUGUUAAUGGUCUUGUAACCUCUAAACAUCUCGAAACAACAACUAGAGGUGAACACAUCAAGGCCAUCAAUUUUAGCAACCCAGCAAGUCGACAGACAUCAAUGAGCCCACAAAAAAUUCUUCCAUACAAUUUUUUGUCCUCUUCGUGUCUCCAUGUUGUCUUCUUCGUAUCUCCACUGAGAACUUUUAUAUGGAAUAAUUUUCCUGCACUUUACAGUAAAUGCAAAGGUCACGAAAAUUAUUCCAUACAAUUUUUUGUUCUUUGUAUCGUACGGAAUAAGUGUCACACACUUUAGAGUAAGUGCAAAGGUUGCGACAAUUGUUCCAUACAAUUUUUUUCUUCUUUGUAUAUCCGCUGACUUUACCUUAGAAGUGACCAAUACAUGAGGUACAGUUACAAAAAAACCAUAUUUGUAACUGUACCUCAUGUUUUGGUCACUUCUCUUUAACUUUUUUUAACCUUGGUCCUAUCCCGAUCAGCUCUUACUAAAUCAAACAAAUAAUCACAGUUUUUAUAGAUAGUUCACCUAUUGUAUGUUAAUUGAAAAAACCUAUUUUUAAAUUAUGCGUUACUUUUUUAAAAAGAAAAAAAUUUUGUCUCCUCCAAAAAAAAAUUUUUCUUAGAAAAAUUUGCAGUUUUUUAAAAAAAUUGAAGUUUAUUCAAAAAACAAAAAAUAUUAAACUACUAUUAAAUUAAAAUUUUUUUCUAAGUAUGAAAAAAAAUUUGAAUUUAGUUUAAAACUCCUCUUAAAUAAAGAAUUUCUAAAACUGGAAUAAAAUUUUUUUUUGAAGUUACUUUAAAAACUACUAUUAAACCUAAAAAUUUCUCAUAUAAAAAAAUUCGAAGUAUGAAAAACUGCACUUUUUUAUUUACGUCACUAUUUAUAUAUCCAUUGUCUAUUUUAAACAAUAGACGCUGUCUCUAAACAAUAGACGCUACCAACUAACCAAUCAAAUCAAUGACCACUUUUUUCUUAUUUACCCAAGUAACCAAUCAAAUGACUGGACGUGUAAUUUGAUAUGAGAAUCUACUCUCUCUAUAAAACUGCCAUUCCAAAAAGUUUACAAUUUGCAAACUACUGUCAAAGGGUACGGAACUGAUAAAAUACUUUUUCUGUUCAUCAAUAUGGCCGAAGCUAUACUUUAGAAAAAAAAACAUUGCUGCAGUCAAACAGAUAAUCGAUGAGUCUUUUAAUGAACAGGAAGACGAAGACGAUGUGCCAUGAAUUCAACUAUCCAAAAGAGUGUUAAGAUCGUAAGUAACUUCGUUUCUUUCGUUUUUAUACUGUUCAUUUUGCUUAAAUAUCUUUUUUUAUACUGUUCGUUAUUCGUUGAUUUUCUACCGUAUUACCUUACCUACAAUUUUUAAACUUUUAUUACAAUUCUUUUUUAACUCUACAUCUCUUUUUUUUGAAAAACUGCAAAUUUUUUUUUUUGAAAAAAUAUAAGACUUUGAAAAAAAGACGAAAAAUUUUUUCGUCUUUUUUUUCGAAGAGGCACAAAACGAAUGUCUACUUUCGCCGCUGAAUUGUGACAUUCGUGUCUCACAAUUUAUAUUUUCUGCCACAAUAUCAGCACCAUUUGUAAUAAGUUGUUUUAGUAACCAUCUAUGCUCCAUCCAAGUAGAUGAAUCUAUUUCUUCAAUAUUUGGAAUUAUUCUAUGUAAAACAGUUUUUCCAUAUAUUUCUUCAAUAUUUGGAAUUAUUCUAUGUAAAACAGUAUUUCCAUAUAUAUCUCGAUCUUCUAAACAUAGAGGUUAUUUUUAAUCAUAACUAAAAUUUGAUCUAUAUGAACUAUAUUUUUAUCAGACGCUUAUUUUAAUAUUUCCGUCAAAUGUGCUUUUUUGAAGUUCUUCCUCAAACGUCUGUAUUGUAUAGUUGUCUUCGUACUCUUUUUUAGAAAAACUCAAAAAAGAACCCAUCACAAUAUAUAAACUUCAAUUAUUUUUUCACAACUACAAAUUAACUUGAAAUUUAUACUUUCAAUUACAAAAAAAUGAAGUUAUAUUAACUUAUAAAACAGUACUACAAAAAAAUUUUUAAACUUGUGAACAAUGUACUUUCAAAAAUGGUAUCAUAUCUUCAAUUGUUGAUAAAUCGUAUUCCGCAUUUUCACUUGAUGAAGCAUUUAUACUCAUACUUUCUUUCAUAUUUUCUUUCAGGCUGCGGGGCCGCCCUCUCCACGCAGUCGCUGUGCAGGAGCGCUAGGUUUUAUAUGCAACAGGAGGAACUUUGGUAUAUCCUACUUAUAUGAUGCAUGCGGCAACAAAGCGCCCACCUUAUUCUUCAAAACGCUGAAUCAUUUCGGAUGACUGUUGAAAAAAUCAGAUACAACACGCACAUUUGCCAGCAUCUGUUCUUCUUCUGGAAGGUCAUAAAUCGAUGUAGCACAUAAAUUCAAGACAUGUGAGCGACAGUGGACAUACUUUCUGGUAGGUCUGCUGUAUUCUAAUAGCAGCACCCGAACACUUUCCUGCCAUAUUCCCCACAUCAUCAUAACCCUGACCACGACAAUAUCACAUAUCAAGGCCAAUGCUUAGAAUCCCAUCUUUGAUUGUUUUGGCAAAACAGCCGCCAGAAAGGCCAUUGACACAAGGAAUAAAACCCAAGAAUUACUGUCAACAAUUCUGAAAAACAUGGCCAUCUGUUCAAAAUUACUUACAUCUGCUGCUUCAUCUGCAUGAAUGGCAAAUAAUUUUGACACUUUUACUUUAUUUGAAAUUGUCUCUUUGAUAAGAGAGCCACAUACCUUGAUAAGCUAAUUCUGAGUUGUCUUGGACUUAUAAGUGGCAUGCAAAAUGCUGAUUGAAGGUAGCAUUUUACUGCACUUUGCUAAAAAUGCCAAAAUAGCCUGCAGCUUAUCAGGGUUAUUAUUUUCUACAAGACAUCUCAAUGGCCUCUCAAACCAAGAGUUUGUUGCCCACAAGUAAUAACCCCUUCCAAUAUAAUUUUCAGUAUUUCCAUGUUAAUGGCGAUUUUCUUUGAUAUUAGGGAAUUCAAUAGGACAUUUACUGGUUCUUGCUUGUUUUCCAAACAGUUACAAAACUGUGACAACCUGAGAGUAGCAGUUAAGUGGACAGGUGAUUUGCCAUUGUUCUCAUUGAAUUUCUCUCUAGCCUUUUGCCAUGCUUUAACUGGGCUUUUGAAAAAAUUUACAAUCUUGUUGGCGUUAUGGCCACUUUCACCCCCAAAAAGAACACAGUUAAUGCAGAAGGCACCAUCAAGCAAGGGAAAAUAUGUUAGCCAUGGAUAUAGGUCAAGCCAUUUGUACUGAAAGCUACAGUGAAAUUCAUUCUUUGGAAGACAAUGAUUUGUUUGUGGUUUCCAGACAUUGCAGAUAAUAUCAUACUUUUCGUCAUUAGUUAAUGGUUCUUUUUUGAGCAACUAUGCUGAUGUCCUUAUCGUUUACAAAAGUAGCAUUGUGCUGGACAUUAGUUCUUUUUGAACUAGUUGUUUUUGGAAUGAACUAGUUUGUUAUGGUCAACGGAGAGGCCUUGAAAAGAGGAAGAUCUUUUGAAUACCAAGUGAUCCAUUGUCAGCAUUUUGUGUUGUGGAUGAGGAGUUGCAUCAAAUAUAUUGGUUUUGUCACACGGAAACAAUAUUGUAACAACAUGAAUUGGCACAAGAAAAUGUACAGCCUCCCAAAAUGUACGAAAGCGCAUGACCAUCAUGGAUAUUCUUCCACCUUCUAGUUACCGAUGUUUUGCAUGUUAAAAAAAAAUUGGCAUUUAUAUGUUACAUCCUCUCCGGUAGAUCUACUGUAAAGGUUGUCAACGAUUUUUUCAAAGUUUGGUUAAGGAAGUCCAUCCCAAUAUGCUAGCCAAUCAGGGGUUUUUUCUUUCUAAUUGCUGCAUAUUAAUAAUAAUGAUGUUACAUAUCGGAAUAUAAGCGAGCCUGGUAGUGGAAUAACGCAUUCAGGUUGGAUACCCUAUUUAUUGGAUACCCUAAUAAAUAUAGAAUACGUGAUUCAAAGUGGUGUUGCAACACGUAGUUGGGGAAUUCAUGGAGAAGGAGUCAAGGAAACAGGAAAAAGAUCUAAAGCAAAGUUCUGGACGAUUGAUGUAUCCGGAGCAAAACUGCCGCAUAAGCUGUCCGAAGGAGGAGACUAACAACUUGGUGGCAGUAUUUUCCGGCUCACAGUUACACCCACUACUGCAAGGGGAUGUUCCAUGUCCCAAGGAUUGGUAUUUUAAUUCAACGCACGUUUGAUGUUUCUGGCACGUCAAGCAAGAAGUUUUGGCUGCAAAAUUCCCUACAGGGGCGACCCCAAACACAGCUGUAUUACUCGUUGGUACGAAUGAUAUAUUGCAACAUGUUAUGGUUGAUCGUGCGAGGAAUGAUUUCUAUGGGUUGCUUGUCACUGUGCAGCAAAGGUUCCCCGAAGCAAAGGUUAUAAAGGCUGAUCCUUACAUUAUUUGGUAAAACUAUGUCUGUGAGUUUUGAUUUUCACGCUUCGAAUAAAAUAAAAAGUAUCAUUAUCAUUUCUCAAUGUUUGUGAAAAGGCUCAGGUAACAUAAAUUUGUUCUUUAGGGGAGCAUUCUUCUUUCAUAUUCUUAUGGUCUGUUUCAGAACUGUGUUCCUAUCGUUAGUCACAUCUGCAAAGAAAAGUUCUACCAGGUAAAACCUCUUUGCACUGUACAGUUCAUAGUAUUUAUUUUUUAUUAUCAAACACAGAUUAUUCCCGUAUCAAUAUUGCCGCAGCUUGGUGAAUUUUGGAUUUGAGAGGAACUAUAUGAUGGCCCAUGAAUGCAAGAAGCUUCAAAUCCAGUCACUGGACGUAAAGCCAAAUUUCCAAGUGGAGGAUCGCUGUUUGAGGUGGUAGGAAGAUGCAAGGACAAGGAACUGCUGUUGUUGGUAACGCUUGUAAAGCAGGCAGUCCUUCAUCCCAGUGUAGAAUGUUUCCAGGAGGUUGUUGCAAAAGCUUCACCACCGAUGCAGUGCCUUAAUUGUAGGGUAGUGAACAAAGCCCCACCUUUUCUUACCAAUGCACAGUAGUCAGAAAAAAACCAGGACAUUGUAUAUCUUCCAUGAAUAUAAAAAAUGUCUUUUAUUGCCUUCCGCAAUUUUAGUUUCUCUUCGGACGUGUUAAGGUUGAGAAAUAUCACCAGAAAAGGUCAAUGGAAAAGAAACAACCCUUCGCAAAAAGGUAAUCUGGACCCUAUAUUAAACGAUCUAAUUUUUGAUUCAUCUAUAACACCCUUUCACGCUUGUUGACUUUCACAUGUUUUUCGCAAGCUUGUUAAUUUUGUUAACAAAAAUACAUAGUAUUUCGACCUUUUACUGGAAUCAUCUAAUUUGACAUCCAGAUAAUUUUGCCAACACAUGAGGUCACCUAGAGUCUCAAGAGGGGUUGCUGAUUGAUCAGUUGCCGUUAGUCGUUUGGAGACCUUUGGUGAUAUGAUUGUUGCCAAAUAGACUUCAAUUAUUAGACAUAUUUCAAAUAAACACACAGAUCAUCCUGAUCCUCUUUACACAGAAACCAAUCAUGGUGAACUUGAAAGACGUCUAUGGAUAAAAAUUGGCAAGUGCUUUUUUGUUGUGUUUCUGUCUAAAAAAUAAAAACAUAUUUUGCAGCCAAGAAAAAGUUUUUCCAUAUGGGUUUCGCUUCUACUUUGCUUAAAAUUACUUCAAAUUAACAUAGUUUCAAACUGAUAAUAUAUUUUCAAAAAUACACAUUAAAAAGAUAGAAUGCAUUUUACAGACCCUAUGAACUUUGCCUUUACAAUAAGUAUUUCAACAUCACCUGUUUUAUGCUGAGAAGCAAGAGCCAAUAGCCUUUUCUUUUAAUAAAAAUUAUUUAUACCGGGAAGCAAAGUAUAUGAUCGGUUGAAUGUGAUCCUUACAAAUAAGACCAUUGUUGAAGACAAAGUUAUCAUCAGAUGCACAAACAAGUUGUUUUGAAUGUUUUCAUUCCAGCCUGAAUCAUUAGCAUCCAAAGAUGACACAUUUCUCAUGGAUAGGUACAAUUUGCAGGUAAUUAAGUGUUUUUAUAAAUGGAAUGACUAGUAUGGUGAACAAACGAUUUUCAUUUUCCUCAAAUGAUGCUAAUGCAUAUGAUCUUGUCCAGUAAUUUAAAGACAUUGACCUGACAGGAAAGAAAAUCAUCCAAAGACAUUGCAUUCUUUUAAAGAAACUCUUGCAUCGUGCCAUUUCAAUGAGAACGUCAAUUGACCUCAAGUAGAAACUGUAAGUGGAAAGAAGUGUUACAAUGUUGUUUACCUUGAAUUCAAACUUGAUGAAGAAGCCGUUUGUUUCAUCAUCUGAUAAGCUAAUUUCCAGUUACACUGUGUCAAGAAAUGCAGUGAAAUUUGGUUCAAUAAACUUGACAGGUGUAAACUUACUGGUUCUGGCUUUUUCCUGCACAUCGUUUGUAUGAGAGAUUAUUUUUAUCCUUUUAUAAUGCCCCAACUUGUGUAAGAACAACUCUGUGUCAUUACCAAACAAUCCUCAUAUUGUGUUAUGCCUAGCAUAGUUUAAGGGGCACCAUCAAAAAUCAUUUUGCCUUCAGCUUCGUUUGAAGUCUAGAGACAGACGUCGGGGGAGAAAGAAAGGGUUGCCUUUUGUUUCAUAUUGCACAUCGAUGUAAAUCUCAGAAAGCUCUUGUGUUGAUUGGGAGAACUCCAUUUUCUGAACAUCCUUCUUGUCUCGAGAAGGCCAUGCUUACACACCAAAAAUUAAUACAUUGGGAUCAUACUUAAAUUUACAUACUUAAUCAAUGUUAAUAAUGGACAAAUAAAGGGAACAUACAUAAAUAAAUUAAUAAAUAGAUCAAAGAAAAUCAAUGAGUAUAUAAAUCAUUGCAAUCAACCAAAAAUUAAAAAACCAGAUCUGUUCAUUUGGUGUCAAAACACAAAGAUCAUAUUUUAUGCGAGUGUAAAUUGAUUUAUUAGCUUUGCUGUGUCUGUCUAAUAAUCACUGCCUUUCUAUCCAGGGUUUUUCGAGGAAAAUUUAGAGCUGCAUAUUUUUCUUGGGAGCUCUGUGUUGAAAGCAUGAUUAUUGAUUCCUAUAAAUAUAAACAAAAUGUACAUGAUGCUCAGAUACAGGUCAGGGUCAGGCUUGUGUGCCAGACCAGUGGCAUAGCCAGGGUUGGAAGAUUGGAAGGGCAAAAUUGAGUCCGACAGCAGAGGGUCCAGGGAUUUACCUUAGAGAAAAUGUUUGCUGGCCACACUCUUAAGAACGAGGGAGAAGGCCCCGUUUUGUAAAUGCGUUCGGAAAAGCUAUAGAUUUUUCAUGUGUUGAUGGUUUUUUAAGUGGCUAACCCCCAUUCUUCAACUGUCUUUUUUCUUCACAAUACCUCUAACAUUUAUAUUUGGUGUAAAUAAAUGAUGGUCCAAAGAUGUAAGCAAGUAUCUAAUAAUAACAAGCAGUAUGCAGAAGUUUCAAACUAAGUCCGUUAUUAUUGGAAAAAAAUUUGCAAAAUCCUUGACAAGCAUUUCAGAAUCCAGUUUUUUAAGGAUUGAAGUUAGUUUAAGGAUUUAAUUCUAUUUUAACAGGAAUUUCUAAAGAGCACGAAGGACUUUCUAUAUAAACUCUAAAACAAUUCAGUACCGAGUCUCUUGCAAGUGAAACAAACAGACAGUUUUUGAAACCAAGCCCUUUAAACUAGUUUAAAGUUUCAGAAUAUCUUUUACAGUCGUUUUCUUGCAGACCUUAAAACAAUUCAAUGGUGUCUGAAAUAUCAACUCUUGACAAUGGAUUGUGUGAAGCUUUGAGACAGCGGAUAAAAGAAAUCCAGUAGAAAUAGCCAUAUUGAGAUUCUUGUUUGCUGAGGUAAUAGGUGUGGCGAAAAUGCCUUUGUGGUUGAGAUCUACUGAAGUUGAUGCUUCAGAUUUUGAUGUCCGUGGACCUAGAGGACCAAUAAAUCCCAUUUGGCCUUUCCGAUGACUUUGAGCAAAGUCUUCCUUCAUUUGGUUAAAACGCUCUAUUAAGUGUAUCCGUGAUCUUGGAUAGAAGUAACUUCUGGUUGAAGUUGGUAGUGUCAUGUGAACUGUGAAUGUGAGUGUAGGCUUUGCAGUUAAAUUUCAGGCAGAUUGAACAUUUGUGGUCUCUUCCAUAUUUGCAAAUCUUGGAAUCUUGUUCACAACUGGCGACUUUGAAGCGGUUGAAGUCUCGACAUAUCUUUAGGGAUGAAUCUUUGAGCUUCGUUAUCAGUUUGAGGCAAUGAGAUUUGUAAUGACUGUAACCUUUGCAAUAUGAACAGGCGGCAAAUAACAUCCUUGUGUCUGUGAAAGUGAUGCUUAAUUGGUUCGGAAUCAAAUUUUCGAGCAUAUGACAACCACUGUGAGUUUUUGGCCAUAUAGAAUCACAAGAGACCAAAGUCAAUUAUACAGAGUCAUGAAAAACAAAAUGUUGUUUGUGGAGCGACAUUUGAUAGCAACGAAAUAUACAAUGUUUUAAAAACUUUCAUUUUGUCUUUUCUUGCGCCAUGCCAAUAAGACGGGUGAAACUGAUGACAAUAACUAAAGAUAUAAAAAGCAAUUGCAAAGCAACUUGAGAAGUGGUUGUCAAAUUGUCCCCAAUUUACUUGUCCGUCUGUUUUGUUUGACCACAGAACUAUAAAAUUUAUAUUGGAAAGUGGUGACAUGGUUUAAUUUUGCUCUGAAUUAUUAUUUGAACAAGAUUCUGUUUUGACAAAAUCAAUUUCGCAAUUUCGCUAAAAAUUCAUGAAAAUUUUGACAAUAUGUGUGUCUCAAAAAUUAUAUAGCCAUCAUGAAGUUUUGUAAAAAUCAUAUUUUCUCUACAUCGAAUGUCUUUCUAUAUCUAUAAUUUCCUUAUCCAAAUAGCUCUUCCUUUAGUUUCAGCGCUAGCUGUAUCAUAUUGUCUGUGUUUCAUCAUUAAAACUUUUGUUUGUGUUUUCUACAAAAGUUUGCCUAAUUUUUUUUUCAUUAAAGCAAAAUUUUAGACAGGGACUCUGUACACUGUUCAGGGCUCCGGAAAACAGGGAACAGAAGAUUCAUGCUUUUAGAUAAAGAAAUCCAAUAAGUUUUUGUUUCGUAUUUUACAGUUUUAAUUGUUGCAAAUUUUCAGCAGUGGUAGACUGGCACAGAACUUUUAAUCGACCAUGAAAAUCUGAAGAGGGCUCUUGCCUGGGUGGGGUAUAUUGAUUUUUGCAAUGGUGUGGUAAUGGACUGUUGCAGCAUUGACGCUCCUGACCAAUCAAUUAACUUUCAAUUGCCAUAGUCUAAAAUUUUACAUAGACAACCAGAUACUUCACUAACAUAAUAGCUUUUCAAUUGUGUAUUUUUAAAAAUAUGGAAAUUUCACACCAGCUGCCUUGGCAGCCUAUUGGUGUCUAGAACUGUGUUAAUGAUUAUUGCACCCAAUGCAUUCCCAACGAAGAGUAAGCCACUCUGAGGGACUGUCUGCAGAAAUACCAUCAACAAAAUAGCAAGAUUUGUUCCCAAUUUCGAUGAGCUCAAUGCAAUGACUCUAUUUGGAAUAUGCCGACAAUUCACAGAGAACAUUCCUGCUACAAUUGCCUGGUGUCUGCAGAAUGGGCUGCUUGCACGAAUGAUGUUGUGUCAUGUUGGUGCCCUCAAUAGAUGCCAGGUGGGGUAACAUGGCGAUGCCCACAAUGUCGAAGAAGGUUUAACAUAUGCAAGGGGGGUUUCUUUGAAGGUUCGAAGUUGCAUUUGUGGCUAAUAAUAGGGCUUACCUAUUUCUUGAGUUUAGACUGUGGACGAACAAGGGGCCUGUCGCAGAAGCAGGUCCUCAAGGAACUUGAAAUCAAAAGCGAACACACGGUGGUUGAUUGGAAGUAAUUUUGCCGCGAUGUCUGUGUGGAGCAUUUUCUCAACACUCUGCAACAGAUUGACGGACCUGGUCGCAUUGUGGAUAUUGCUGAGAGUCUGUUCACCAAGAGGAAAUAUAAUUGCGGCAGAAUAAUUCAAAGAGCUUCUUUCAAUAACUGCUUCAGCAGCAACUUCGUUUCAGCAUCUAAGGUUCUUCUCUUCAACCAUGUGCCACCUAAAAUUGUCAUGAAAACUAUAUUUAUUCAAAACAGAAAGAAAUACCUCGUAGUGAUGAAUUGUGGUGUGUUUGUAAGAAGAAAGCAUAUUGGAAAAUGCUUGUAUGUGCUGGGGAAAACUGGACAAUACGAAAAUUUCAUUACAAGUGUGUGGACAUUAGAGGAAAACCAAAAAAGAAUGGUUCUGCCAAACCUGCUCACCUUAGCAAUAAGUUUGCUCACCUUGUAAUUUCUAUACGCUCCUUAAACGGAAAUCGCAUCUGAUUGGUUAACUGUGCCGACCCUUGGCAACGUGGUAGCAACCGAUCGGUGUUGAAUGUUUACAUACGGCGUUUCACUUUGAUCGAAGAUAAAAUCAAAUUCUAAUGUCGAAAUUCUCAAUUUUAUGUAGUUUUCUUGUGUCAUUAAUCAUCAUUAAAGUCUAAUUAUCGCUCAAGGCAAGAAUUUGUGUCAAAUCGUUAAACUUUGUUACUUUCCCAAUUUGCUUCGAAACGCUGGUUGUUCAAUUUGAGAAUAAUGGAUACUGAAAUCAUCACGUUAGCGGGAAUCUUG